CUGGAUUUGCGAUAUAAGCUCCAACAUCUUAAGUAAAUAGCAGCACCAUCACAGACACCUCCACCAGUCGCUAUGGCGGAGAUCCCGACGGGCCCAAAACCAAGACGGCUGAGGGGUCACAAGGCCACCGCCACGUGUUGUAUCGCCUCAGUUGCCACACCUGGCCUCGUUGCCACUGCCGCCGAGGAUGGUUGUGUUUGCUGGUUUGAUAUGAGAUGCAAAGAAGUGGUAGACAUUAUGGAGGUGGGAAAGGAAGCUGUUACUUCGUUAUGCUUCAAGCCAGGGAAUGAGAAUGUGGUGUAUGUGUCUUCGGGGAAGGAAGUUAAGAGCUUUGAUGUGCGUCUGGGGAGUUCUUGCUCGUGGAGCGUGCUGGAUUGUUUCGAGUAUAAUAAAGAGGAGAUAAAUCAGAUUGCUUGCAGCUCUAAGGCCUCUUUCCUUGCUGCUGCUGAUGAUGGCGGUGAUAUAAAGAUUGUUGACAUCCGCCAGCAGCGCAUUUACAAAACAUUAAGAGCUGAUACUGGUCAUACAAGUAUAUGUAGCAGCGUGCAAUUUCUUCCUUGGAGACCUUGGGAAGUUGUUACUGGAGGUCUCGAUUCAAAGCUAGUAAUGUGGGACUUUUCCAAGGGGCGACCAAUCAGGACAAUAAAUUUUGGUCUGUCUGAUGUAAAUAAUGGUGGUGAGCAGUGUCUUAAUCCUGCCUUUGUCCAUGCAAUAGCAGUUCCAGAAAUCGAUAUGUUAGACAGAUCAGACAAGGUUUGUGUCGUGGCUCGGGGUGAUGGUGCCGUUGACGUGAUUAACAUUGAAGCUGAACUUGAUUCUGUGAGGUCAAAGGAUUCUACAAAACCUCGGAAAGGAUCUCAAUCACGAUUGAAACACACUGAUCUGGAAAAUCAAGAUCAAAAUGGAGGAAAACGGUUGCAUUUGGAUUACUCAUCAGGCGGUCAUACUGCUGCUGUGUCUUGCGUGGCAUUUUCUUUAUUCGGAGAAAGAGGAAGAUUUAUAAUUUCAGGCGGAAACGACAAGCUGGUAAAGGUCUGGGAUUGGACCAAGUAUCUUGAUGCAGAACAAACUAGCAACAGUGGUGAUCUUCUACAUUUGGAUAUCAACCACAACAAAAAAGUCAAUUGGCUGUGUACCACUCCAGCUGAUACGGAAAACCUACUUGUAUGUGAUACAACUAAGGUGGUAAAGGUCUACUCUGUUGCAUAGAUAAAUGCCGCGCCAGUCAUUCAGUUUUCCCAACAAGCUCCAAAAUAGUAAAGUUAGUAACCCAUAGUCUAUGACUGGAAACCUCAGUUCUAGCUCUCUUCCCAAAUUUGUCUAGUCUGCAUUUUGUGCUAAACAAAUGCUCUUCUUGAUCCUCAUUGUCAGCCUGCUGGAUCCGAGCAGCCUUCAGUUUCUGGGCUCACCCCAUAUAGGGUUUAUAUAUAAGCUGGGGAUAUCAGAUGCAAUUUAUCAGUCUGUAAGUCUGUAAUCUGCUACUGUAUUAUAAUUUAUCUAUCUUGUUUAGAGAGGUUAUUCCUGUCU